CUCCACCUGGGGCAGGGACACUUCAUCUACCGAGAGAUGGCAAACUGCAUUUCUCCGGUCAAGAACCACAACUUCGGAUUUAACUGUCCUGAACCUCAUCCCAGCCGUUUCAUACUCGGCCAAAUUAAAAAGAUUUGGUCUGGACCAAAUGAUUUUUCCAGUCUGAUUACACCCUUUAAACAAAAGUUUUUGUCUUCCUGCAGUUGAAAGAGUUUCUGAGAAAGAUGAAGAGGAGUUUUUUUCUGAUGGUUCUUGUUGGUCACUUUUGUCUCUUCACAUGUCAGCUCCAUGAGUAUCACUAUGUUGAUCAGAACAUGAAUUGGACUGGAGCUCAGCAGCACUGCAGGAAAGAAUACACUGAUCUGGCUACAGUGAGCACCAUGGCAGAUAUGGAGCAACUCCGAAAUAUACAUUCUGAGAAAACAGAAAUCUGGAUCGGUCUGUUCAACCUAACAGGCAUCAAUGUUACUUCACACUGGUCUCUGCCUGGACUGCAGUUCAAUGAAAGUCAGGCAAAGUGGAAAAGUGGAGAACCAGAUGGUUUUACAUCUGAGACCUGUGGGGCUGUAAUAGAUAUUACUGAGAAACAGUGGGUGGACACGUCUUGUAUGGAUAAAGCACAUUUCCUCUGCUAUAAUGGAAGUACAAGCUCUGCUUAUAAAUAUUAUUUAGGAGAUAAAAUGACCUGGUUUGAUGCUCUAAGAUACUGCAGAGUGACUCACACAGACCUGAUCAGUGGACCACAGCUAGAGGAGCUGCAGGGAAAUCCCACAGAGAAGAUAAUACAACUAUAUAAUGGGACAAGAGUGAAUAACUUGGACUCAUUAUCAACAUUUCAAUACAUUUUCAUCGGACUGUUCAGAGACGCUUGGACCUGGUUAGAUGGGAGCAGUUUCUCUUUCAGAUACUGGAAUUUGCUGUAUAACAGUAUGAUGGAAAAAAAGAACUGCACCAUGCGUAACACGGACGGCAUGUGGGAAACCAGAGAAUGUCACGAGAAAAAACCCUUCUUCUGUUACACAGAUCAUGUGAUCCUGGUCAAAGAGAACAGGACCUGGGAGGAGGCCUUAUACUACUGCAGACAUCACCACCAUGACCUGGUCACCAUCACUAACCCAGAGGACCAGAUUUGGGUCCAGGAGAAAACCAAGAAUGCCUCCUCUCCCUUUGUGUGGACUGGACUGCGCUACACCUGCUCUCUGGGGUUCUGGUUCUGGGUCAGUGAUGAGGUGGUCCGCUACAAGAACUGGGCCUCACCUGGACAGGUGAAUGAGUGUGACAUGUCAGGAGCCAUGGAGACAGGAGGAGAACACAAGUGGUUCAAGAAACAUGAUGAGGACAAGUUCAACUUUUUCUGUUCUAAGUGAAAAUCUGCUCACUGAUGACACGUUAUUCUUUUCAUUAAUUUACUGAUAUUCUUUGUUUUCAAUAAAAUCUUCAACAUUUAGCAAAGCAACAUUUUUGAGUUGAGGAAACACUUUGCUGUUUGGAUGUCAUUUACCAUCCAUCUAUCUUCAUAACUUUUGGGAUCUUGGGGAUGUUGAAGCCCGACAGUUGCUACUGUUGAGUGAAGAGGCGGGGUACGCCCUGGAAAAGUCAAUGUGGUGUACUUUUACUUGAAUUUCUUGGAUAAAAAACAUGAACAUGUGCUUUCAUUUGUAUACCUGUAUAUUAUAUUUUUUACAUGAUUGUU